UGUUUUACUUUGCCUUUUUCUACACAGUUUUGAUCAUUUUUUAAAGAGAUCCAUCUUGUUCCAAUUUUUUCUAGUGUUUUUUUUUCAAAUAAAGAAUUUAAAAUCAUGUUUGUUAUAUGAACAAAUAACUAGAUAAAACCAUCACUAUUUAACAUUAUUUUACCACACGACUUAUAAUCCAUCAACGUAAAUUUUUAUAUCUUAAUUAGCCUUCCUCGUUGGUAGAUUUACUCUUUUUUAUUUCUAUCUCUCUUCUCAAGCCUUCAAAUUAUCACGGAUACCUUUACCAUGCAGCCAAAAGUAGAAGGGGAUCAGAAUUCACGAGAGAUAAGUUAUGAUUACAUUGAUAAAAGGUAUCUCAGUCGGUAAAAAAACAUCAUCAUUCAUUCAAGCGCGAGGAUUCGUUUUGCACAUGUAACACACUCUUGUUCACGCUCUCACAAAUAGAAUCUAAGUGUAUCUAGUCUUGUAAAUUAGACCUGUGUACUCACAUUGAAGUACUAAGUCAUGAAUUGGUGACGUUGGUGGUUUAUUCAGUGAAAUAAUUUUAUCUGUGCCCUAAUCAGGGCAUUUAAUAAAAAAUAAUGAGGACCAUUGUAUGUCUGAUGUAAAAAAAGUGUCUCAUAGUUAUAUAAACUAGUGUCAAAUCUUUUUAAAUUUUUAACCAUCUACAGUAAUUGUUCUAAGUGAAAAUGAAUAGCAAAGGAAGAAACGAUUCAAGCUCAAAUAAAAAUGGACCAGAUCAUGAACAUCUUUUAAAUCCUCAACAAACACCUGUUGAUCCGUUGAUACCAUCAUCUCCAACAUCAAUACGUGGAGUUGAUGAUGUUUUUAAAGAAUUACCAAUUACUGAUGAUACUUCUUGUGGUAUUGGCUUCUUACGUGGUCCAAAUCUCCAACGAUUUGCUAAUAAAAAAGCAUACGUCUUUCUCUAUGGUAUUCUUGGUUGCAUAUUCUCGGCAAGCUUUGCUUAUUUCAAUGGUACCAUCACCACGAUUGAAAAAAGAUUCAAGAUUCCAUCUAAAACAACUGGUCUCAUUAGUGUUGGAAAUGAUAUCUCUCAGCUUCUCGUAUCAAUCGUCUUGUCUUACUACGCUAGUCGAGGACAUAGACCUCGAUGGAUUGCUGUUGGAAUUUACACAGUUGUCAUUUUCUGUUGUCUAACGAUGCUCCCGCAUUUUUUGUAUGGUCCGGGGGAGGAUGCACUUCAAUUAACUAAAGAGUUUGGUGGAAUAUCAUUGAAUCCAUCAAACACAUCAAUGUUACCAGAAGCCAUAGAUAGAGAGAGGAAAUUUCUUUGUAUUCCUCAAGAAAAUCGUACAAAUGAUUGUGAAGAAGCUGACGGAAAUUUAGCCCCACAAAUUCUUUUAUUUGUUGCUCAGCUUAUUUCUGGAAUUGGAGCAUCACUUUAUUAUACCCUCGGCAUUUCUUAUAUGGAUGAUAAUAUUAAAAAAUCAAAAACUCCAGCCCUUAUUAGCUUUUCUUAUUUCUUGAGAAUGUUAGGACCUGCUAUAGGAUAUGGGCUUGCUUCAUUUUCACUUAAACUGUACAUCAGCCCUACUUUAACUCCAACUAUUACUAUGAAGGAUCCAAGAUGGCUUGGAGCAUGGUGGCUAGGAUGGAUAAUAUUAGCUAUUUUACUCUUUAUUCUUGCGAGUGUCAUCGCUCUCUUUCCCAAAACUCUUCCUCGAGCAGCAGCUCGAAAAGUUUUGGCGCUUGAGCGGAGCAAAUCAACUGCCAGCGAACGGGACAAAUCGGACCCUGAAAAAAAGAAUUUAAACAUGAGAAAAGAAGAUGAAAAAAGUGGGCCAGAAGUACCAGCUUCAUUUGAAGAUAUGGUUAUCACCUUCAAACGACUCUUAUCAAAUAAUACACUAAUGUGCAACAAUCUUGCUAGUGUAUGUUACUUUUUUGGAUACAUGCCUUAUUGGAUCUUCAUGCCUAAAUAUAUUGAAACUCAGUAUAAACAAUCAGCAUCCGUCUCUUCCCUGGUAACCGGAACUGUUGGAUUGAUAUUUAGUGCUUUUGGAAUUCUCUUAUCAGGAUUGAUUAUUUCUAAAUACAAACCUCGAGCUAGAUAUCUCGCUGCUUGGAAUGUUAUGAUUGGAGCUAUUUCCGUCAUGGGAAUGAUAUCCUACGCCUUUUUAGGAUGUCCUGCUAGUGACAAUCAAGUGAUGGGCAUACAAGGUUCAUCUGGAGAAUUGAAAACUCAAUUUCCUUGCAAUGUAGAUUGUGACUGUGAUUAUGUGACCUAUAAUCCCAUUUGUUCUGAAGAUGGAAAAACAUAUAUCUCUGCUUGUCAUGCUGGCUGUCGAAAAGUUACAAUAAAUCCUAAUGGUACAAAAACUUACUCCGAAUGCAGCUGUAUAAGAUCAAGAUACUCAAAGUCAUUAUGGAAAGAUCUAGAUCCAGCUCAAGCAAACUCAUCAUCAGACUAUCAUUCAUUACUAUCAACAGGAACUGCAGUACCUGGUCCAUGUCCUGUAGAUUGUACAAACAAAUUUUAUAUAUUUCUUACGGUCGUAUGUCUUUUAAAAUUCACUGGUGCUACUGGUAGAGCAUCCAAUUUUCUCGUGAGUGUUAGAUGUGUUGCAGAAAAAGACAAAGCAGUAGCUAUGGGCUUUGGAUUGACAAUCAUGAGUCUUUUCGCAUUUAUUCCUUCGCCCAUACUCUUUGGUUAUAUUCUUGACAAGACUUGUCUCGUUUGGGGCAAAACAUGCUCGGGAACAGGCAAUUGUUGGCUUUACAAUGGCGAAGUUCUUAGAUAUAUUCUCAAUUUUACUGCUGCUAGUUUUGUGACAAUUGGCACAAUAUUUGAUGCUGGAGUUUGGUACUAUGUUAAGGACUUGGAGAUUUUUGAUGAAGAAAUUGAAUUAAAAAAUGUCCCAGAUGAAUCAGGUGAAACAUUGUAAAUUAUAAAUUUAUAAAUAAUUUGUUUAUAAUUUCAUACAUAUAUUUCAGUGUUUAAAUUAAUAACUAUAGCAAUGAGUGUUUUAGUGAUAAAAAUAUUUCACUUGUACUUUAAGCAUCUAUUUACGUUGUUAUCAUUAUCAUUUUAUUAGACAUAAUUAUAUUGAUAGAUAAAAACUAUCUGAAAAAACAAAGUAGUAAAUAUAUAUAACAUAUACUCAACUAUAGUCAAGCUCACACAUUUUUUAGUAUUCUGAAGCAAAAACAUAUUCACACGUGUACGUAUCAAAAAAAAAAGAGAUAAAUGACUUUAGAUAACAAAAA